UACGUAGAACAAGAUGAAAAAGUACUGAAUGCUCUGGAAUACAUGUUUUCACCUGAAUUUGAAUCCAUGGCGCGCGAAGUCGAAGCUCUUAAGGAAUAUCAAGCUAUAGUAGCAUAUCUGGAGAAGAAUGUAUUGAACGUUAUCGAUUCUGUCAAAACCAUUGGAAUGCAAGCUUACGUACCGCAAAUUAAAAUUAAGGGCAAAUCUCAAAUUGGAAUACAGAAGAUUGGUGAUGGAAUGAUAGGAAUGAUCGAGGAUCUUAAUAACCUUCUACCUACUGACAAGAUUGAUGCUCUUUUCAAGGAGAAAAUGCAGAAUUCCAAGGUCUUCGCUGAUUUUAUUGGGAAGUUAAUAUCCCCGGAAAUGCAGAAAUUAGCGGGAGAUCUAUUGGCAACUCAAACUUAUCAAAAUUAUAUUAAUACGGCCAAAGAAAAUGGAUUGGAAUUGGUGGAACUGGGAAAACUUAUCAUUAGAGUAAUUGGUCUUAAGGUAUAAACUC